UGCAGUGGAGAGGAGGGGAGGGACUCCGGGCGCAGCUCCAUGGGGCCGCGGCGGCGCUGCGACCUUCUGCACAUGGAGCCGGGGAGAGUUGGAAGAACUUCAUACUGCAAACUCAAGGAAUAGCAGAGUACUUGCACCGCAUGGAGACAGAAGAGGCCCAGGAAAUGGCCCAGAUGCCAGGUAAAAGAGUACCUACUGCAUGAUUGAGCCAUUGAGUGCAGAAAGUAGAUACAAUAGGCCCACAAACAGGCUCUCACACCCACCUGGAGGCAGGGACAGCCCCCCUCCCACCGAAGCGUCCGAGGAGGCAGAGGAGCCCAUGGCCGUCCCCGAGGACCUGUCAGCCGGCUCCACCCACCAGCAGAACAACAGAGGGGACAAAGUCUGUAACAUUAAAGUUGAGGCUCGCAGUGAUGAGGAGAAUGGGCUGGCCUGUGACAUGAAUGGCGUGGAGGAGGAGGAGUGUGCGGAAGACUUGCGCGUGAUCGAUGCCUCUGGGGCCAAGGUGAACGGCUCACAGCCGCGCCCCGAAGCCAAGGCCUUCUCCUCGGCCGGCGGUAUCCGGCUGCCCAACGGGAAGCUCAAGUGCGAUAUCUGCGGGAUAGUUUGCAUUGGCCCCAAUGUGUUGAUGGUGCACAAGCGAAGCCACACUGGAGAACGCCCUUUCCAGUGCAGCCAGUGCGGUGCCUCUUUCACCCAGAAGGGUAACCUGCUGCGCCACAUCAAGCUCCAUUCAGGGGAGAAGCCCUUCAAGUGUCACCUGUGCAGCUACGCCUGUCGCAGGAGGGAUGCUCUCACCGGACAUUUACGCACCCACUCAGUUGGAAAACCCCACAAGUGUGCAUACUGUGGGCGGAGCUACAAGCAGCGCAGCUCCCUAGAGGAGCACAAGGAGCGCUGUCACAACUACCUCCAGUACAUGGGGCUGCAGAACAGCAUCUACACAGUAGUAAAGGAAGAAAGCAACCAGAAUGAGCAGAGGGAAGACUUAAGCCAGACGGGAUCUGACAGAGCCCUGGUGCUAGACAGACUAGCUAAUAAUGUAGCUAAGCGUAAGAGCACUAUGCCACAGAAGUUUGUGGGUGAGAAACGUCUGUCCGACCUCUCAUACGAUGGAGGAGCAGGAGAGCUCAUUCAGCCCCAUGUCAUCGACCAGGCCAUCAACAGUGCCAUCAGCUACCUGGGGGCCGAGUCGCUGCGGCCUCUGGUCCAGACCUCCCCAGCCUCCUCUUCCGACGUGGGCCUCGGCUCCAUGUACCCCCUUCACAAGCCGGGGGCCGAGUCCCACGCGGGCCACAACCUGUCUGCCAAAGACAGUGCAGCCGAGAACCUGCUGCUGCUCUCCAACUCCAAGUCUGCCUCCAGCGAGAAAGACGCCUCGCCCAGUCACAGCGGCCAGGACUCCACCGACAGCGACAGCAACAACGAGGAUCGUCCUGGCAGGGCGGCUUCCGGCCUCAUCUACCUGACCAAUCACAUCACCUCGGGGGUGAGGAACGGCGUGCUCCCUCUGGUGAAGGAGGAGCAGCAGAGGCAGUACGAGGCCAUCCGCGCCAGCAUGGAGAUGGCCUCCGAGGGCUUCAAGGUGGUAACGGCGGAUGGGGAGCAGGUGAGGGCGUACAGGUGCGAACACUGCCGCGUUCUCUUUCUGGAUCACGUCAUGUACACCAUUCACAUGGGCUGCCACGGUUUCAGAGACCCCUUCGAGUGCAACCUCUGCGGUCACCGGAGCCAAGACCGGUACGAGUUCUCCUCUCACAUAACGCGAGGAGAGCAUCGCUAUUGAGCCCCGACGCACACACACACAAACACACACACACACACACACACACACACACACACACACACACACACACACACACACAAACAAGUGUACAUAUGAAAAAAUGCCACACAUACUCUUAGACAUGCAUCUGAAAAAAAUGCAUAGAAAAACUAAAUGUAAAAUACACUGUUAAUGUCUGAAAGUUGUUUUUUUACACAAAGUUUGCAUGUAUGUUAAACACAGAUAAAUGUAAACAAUUAUUAAAGAUAUUGCUUUAUUUUCAUUUCAAAAACCAUGCUCAAAAGAAAGACUCUUCAGUUGUCUUUUUUAACAACAGAAAAUGAAGACGACACAGCUGAGGUACUGUGCCGCUUCAUACACACAUUUUUAAUCAUGUAUUUACAGUUGCCACUUAUAUAAAAUGUACAAAUGUGACUUUUCUUUUGGAAAACCAGGCAGCAACUUUUGUUUUCCUAGUUUUGAAGUAGUAAAGAACUCCAUACAUUUAUUUACGCACUCAUUUAGUGAUGUGUCUCAAAUGUCAGUUAAAGAUUCUUCAGCUGUUUUCAUUAGAGGAACUUCAAUCAGUGUGGAUAACUUCACAUUUCCCUCUUAACUUUCAACCUGUUCUCAUAUUUGUAGCAGCUUAUACAUUAUUUAUAUAACAUUUAGACACAUCCUGUCUGUUUUUGUAUUUAUUAUAAUGAUUGUUGUUUGUCUGUGGAGUAGUUUUUUUUAAAAGUUGCAUCUUCUUCUGUUCAACUGUACUAAAUGUAUUUGAAGUGAAAACAUGACCGCUGCUGGACGCUAUACUUUUGGUUCUAUCAUGAGGAAAUGUUAUCGUGGCCCUUUUUUGUUUUAUACCUGAUAGCUAAGAAUUGUUUCACUCACAUAAUGAAAGUGAACCAUUUGAA